UCCUCAGAUCCUGUCACCAUGGAAAUUCCCCCAAAGAGCCCUGAUGGGAGUGAGAAGUCUCCUCAGACCAAGGAGCUGCUGACCAGUCGCACGGGCAGCACCCUCUGCACCAGCUCCCGGAGCGAGUCCGUCUGGACCGACGCUCCCAGGAGCAAGUGGGAGAUCUACCACAAGCCUGUCAUUGUGGUGUCUGUGGGAGCAGCUGUCUUCCUCUUUGGCAUAGUCAUCACCAGCCUGUCCUGCCUCCAAACCAAGAACAAGAAGGUUUACAAACUGUGUGGCCCAGCUUUCCUCUCCCUGGGACUGAUGCUGCUGGUCUGUGGCCUUGUCUGGAUCCCCAUCAUCCGCAAGAAGCAGAAGCAGAGGCAGAAGUCUCAGUUUCUGCAGAGCCUCAAGUCCUUCUUCUUCAACCGCUGA